AUGGCAAGGUUAAAACAAAUGACUACCAAACCUCGAAAAUUCAUGGGUGAUGCCAUGAAAGCUGCUGCCAGUUUCGAAAAGGAGAGAGAAGAAGGAACUGAAGUUGAGAACAAUAAUGACGAAACAGAGACAGUGGCAGAACGAGCAAGAAAAAGAAAGGGAAAGGGUAUUGCUGGGUCAGAGCCUUCUGAGAAAAAGAAGAAAAUGGAGAAGGCCCUUGCUUCGAAACCUUUUGUGCAACAAAAUAUUUUCGAGCCAAUGAUUGCUAAGUCUAGUAAGCAUAGAAGGUUGCCAUAUGCUAUGCCUUUGACUCUUAUAUUUCAAGCUAUGGGAGUUGAUUUGAGCAAAGAAAAGAAGUUUAGCAAUCCUAUCCCUAUUAAGGAGAUAUUCAAGGCUGUUGAUGAAUCAGACAUCCCACUAAGCAAGUUGAAAGAGACAAGUUCUAAGAUAGAUGAAGGGGAAAGCUCUAAGAAGAAAGAGAAAAUGAAGCUGAAAAUGUCAGAUUUUGUGAAAAUCAGUAAAGCAAAUCUGGACAUGAUGAAGGAAAUAAAAGAAAUGAGUGGACUGACCUUGAGUAUUUUAGAAAAAUCUCAUGAAUUGCAGAAGGGAAUUAUGGCUGAGCACAAUGCAAAGAUGGAUAUGUUGCUUAAUAGAUUGGAUAGGCAAGAGUGGUUCAUGAAGAAGAUGGCUCAAAUGCUGUUUGGUGAAUCUUUUGGAAAGUUUGGAGAUUUUGGAAGCUACCCACAGGGUACUGCUGGUCCUAGCAAUGCAAAGGCUGCUGGACCAAGUGGAGUAAAAAUUUCUGAAGUGGAAGAAGAAGAAGAGGAGCAUGUAGAAGCUACUGAAAAGGUACAAGAAGAAAGUAAGAUAGCUGAGGUUGAAGAAGUAGAGAAAAUUGAUGAGAAGGAAAAAUCUGCAGAAGAGGCAUCAGAAGCAGAACAAGAACCUGACAAAGAGAAAUCAAGAGAAUCCUCCUCAUCUCAUACUAAAAGCAAUAGCAGCAGUGACAAUGGAAAAAGUGAAGGCAGAAAUGGUUCAAGACAAGAAGAGGAGAAGGAAGAGCAGUCCCAAAACCCAUCCUCUGAACAACCAAACAUUGUUCCUACUGACUCUCAACCAGUACCUGAAUCAACCAUCUCUUUACCCAUGCAAUACGGACCUAGAAGAACCAAAGCCCAAGCCAGAAAAUCAGUUCUACCCAUUCCUCCAAAAAUCCAAAUAACCAUACCUGAAAAAAAAAACCCCCAAAGAAGAAGAAACAAGCCAAACUUAUUGAUCCCACUCACCUUAGGAGAAGUGGCAGAUUCUUAG